AAAUCCAACAGCAAAUAUAUUUUUGUUCAGCAAAAAUUCCAUAUUCUACAAACACAAAAAAGGAACAGAAGGAACUAAUAUCCAGAGGGUGGUCAAACAUAACCAAAAAUGGAAGCCACCCCGGUUGAAAUUUUCAAAGCCGAUAAGUGCCACUUGGCGCUCGGCGAAGAAUGUUAUAUGAAUUCUACUUCGCAGUCUGGAUUUGCAGCAGGUCACAAUCUGACUUUGGACUCUGACGGGGAAGAGGAGUCAAUGUCCCCAAUAAUCCCCAUUAUCACAGCUGUGUACUCCGUGGUGUUUGUGGUGGGCUUGGUGGGCAACUGCCUCGUCAUGUAUGUUAUCAUCAGGUAUACAAAGAUGAAGACGGCCACCAACAUUUACAUAUUCAACCUGGCUCUGGCCGACGCCUUGGUCACCACGACAAUGCCUUUCCAGAGCACUGACUACCUGUUGAACUCUUGGCCGUUUGGCGAGGUGGUGUGUAAGGUGUUCAUAUCCAUCGACUACUACAACAUGUUCACCAGCAUCUUCACCCUGACCAUGAUGAGUGUUGACCGCUAUGUGGCCGUGUGCCACCCGGUCAAAGCCCUGGAUUUCCGAACACCCAUCAAUGCCAAGAUGAUCAACGUGUGUAUCUGGAUGCUGUCGUCGGCAGCCGGCAUACCAGCACUGCUACUGGGGGGCACCCAGACCAACAAUGGCACCACGGAGUGUGCCUUACAAUUCCCGGAGCCAUACGUGUACUGGGACACCCUGAUGAAGAUCUGUGUGUUUGUGUUUGCCUUCGUGGUGCCCGUGCUCAUCAUCACCGUGUGCUACUCCCUGAUGGUGCUACGACUCAAGAGCGUGCGUCUCCUCUCGGGCUCCCGGGAGAAGGACCGCAACCUGCGACGCAUCACCCGCCUGGUCAUGGUGGUGGUGGUGGUAUUCGUAGUGUGCUGGACGCCCAUCCACAUCUUCAUCCUGGUCAAGGCGCUGGUGAGCGUUCCAGAAACCACCGCCGUCAUGGCCGCCUACUUCUUCUGCGUAGCGCUGGGCUACACCAACAGCAGCCUCAACCCCGUCCUCUACGCAUUCCUGGAUGAGAAUUUCAAGAGAUGCUUCAGGGACUUCUGCGUCCCGACAAAGCUGAAGAAGGUGGACAAGGGGUCGGGUAAAAAAGGCACCGUAAGGUCCCCGGAGGCACCAGUUCCACUGGAGAACCCACACGGGACUAGAAAGCCGGCAUGA